AUCUCAUAAACCCCACCUUGGACAUCGACCAGACAACCCAAUUUCUUUCUCGCAACUCUCCCAGCUCUACAAAUACCCGACCUUUCUCUUCUUUUCGAAUCAACUCUUCACAUCCUUCAAAAUGGGCUUCACCGACCUCCUUUCCGAAACUGGAGCUCACGUGCUCAACAGCUGGUUGAGCACCCGCUCUUACAUUGUUGGCCAAUCUGCCUCUCAGGCUGAUGUUGCUGCCUUCAAGGCUCUCUCCGGCCCCCCCUCCGGCGAGAGCUACCCCCACGCCGCUCGAUGGUACAAGCACAUCGCCAGCUACGAGAGCCAGUUCGCCACCCUUCCCGGUGAUGCUUCUGCUCCCUACAGCACCUACGGUCCCGGCUCCGCUGAGGUGACCCUCAACCCCGCCAAGGCCCCUGAGAAGGCUGAGGAGGCCGCCGCUGAGGAGGACGACGAUGUCGACCUGUUCGGUAGCGACGAUGAGGAGGAGGAUGCUGAGGCCGCUCGCGUCCGCGAGGAGCGCCUUGCUGAGUACCGCAAGAAGAAGGAGAACAAGCCCAAGACCAUCGCCAAGUCCGUCGUCACUCUUGACGUUAAGCCUUGGGAUGACGAGACUGACAUGGCUGCUCUCGAGGCUGCCGUCCGUUCUAUUGAGAAGGACGGUCUGACUUGGGGUGCUUCCAAGCUCGUCCCCGUUGGUUUUGGUGUCAAGAAGCUCCAGAUCAACCUCGUUGUUGAGGAUGAGAAGAUCUCCGUCGCCGACCUUGAGGAGGAGAUCCAGGAGUUCGAGGACUACGUCCAGUCCACUGACGUUGCUGCCAUGCAGAAGCUGUAAAAAGCCUGCGUUAGCAAUGUCAACUUAUGAUGAGGCACGACGGCGAGGAUUGAUGACCAAUGGGAUCUUAUGAUUUUCAAAUGAGCUACGUAAAAGGCGGAAAAAAUCAUGAAUCCUGCACCUUCGCACCAAACAUAGAUGAAAAUAAAAACAAAAAAUGAUAGAUCAAAACAUG